AUGAACAAAGAUAUCGAAGAGCUGAAAGCAAAGUGUGAUAGUUUGAGUGCAGACAACACAAAACUGAAACAGAGCAAUGAAUUAUUAGAAACAAAUAACACAGACCUAACACGGCAGGUCGCUCAACUCGAGCAGUACUCACGUCUCAACAACGUUGAGAUCCGUGGCGUGCCCAACAACCUGACCGAAGAUCUCGGAGAGCUUCUAGCACACAUUGGUACCCACAUCAACUGUCGCAUCACUAAAGCUGACAUCGACAUCGUGCACCGGGUUCCCACCACAAGUCAACCAAACGCUCACAACAUAAUCGCGAGAUUCAUCUCGAGGGAUCAUAAGAACGAUUUCCUAAAGAAGGCACGCCGCGCUCGCAUCACAAGCAAAGAUUUGAACCUACAAGAGGAACCGCGUCAAAUCUUUUUUAAUGAUCACCUUUCUCCUCUAAACAAAAAACUCUUCUCUGCGGCACUGCGCCUAAAGAAAGACAAGGAAUGGAGGCAUCUGUGGACUGACCAAUGUGUUAUUAAAGCCAGAAAAACUAAUGGGAGCUCAGUUCACAAUAUCAUGUCCCAGGAUGAUUUGAGCGUCUUUGUCUAG